CUCGGGGGCGGACAUCCGGGCAAUUUCUACCGCCUGGCAACCCUCGCGGUGAAAACAAAGACCAAAAACUCGCAGAAAACGGUACUUUGGGAUGUUUGUUGAGACUCCCCUGAACAGUGUAACAAGAUUAGUCCUACGUGUGUAACAUAUAUAAAUUUGGUUGUUCAGGAUUACUUCAAAGUUGAGUUUGUGUUGUUUUCUCGAGUUUUCACCGGCUCCACCGGCGUUCCACAGCAGCGCGCACAAAGCCCAUAGAAAUACGUGGUACAGUGGCGCGCGUCUUAGCAACGUAGAACGUCUGUGACGUAGCUCCGCCCCCGAGGAUA